AUUUAGAAUAUUAUUCGAAAAACUCGGCGGCUGAUAAAAUCGGUCAUAUAAUAUGAGUUUUCUGUUUGUAUUUCAAAAAGGUUCUAUUUUCAAAUUGUUGCAUGCUUCGCAUAUUUUGUACAUGUAUGAAAACGUUACAUGAUUUACGAUCCAGGUGUGGAAAGAAAAAUGAAAACAUACCAUAUUACUGGUCUUGCUAUUAGAGGGUAUUUUGAAACUGGUAAAUGGUGGAAACCAAAAAAGAAUGAAGUUCUAAAGUGCAUUUUUGUUGAGGGGAAAGUUGCUGUGAUGAAAGGAAAAGUAAACUGUGGCUCUGUGCCCAAAGAAAUACAGGAAGUGUCAAGGAAAUUCAUCAUGGCUGGGGGCAAUAUAGAAGCUAAAGUUAUAGAUAAAAAUCCAAGGUAUAGAAAUAAAGGGGAAGAAAUACCGUGCAUAUAUAUUUGGUGGUCUGAUCUGAACAGUAAACAAAUAAAGGAUGCAGUGAAGGCAGCAAGGGAAGCUGUGGCCGAAGCAAGAAAAGAGCAGGGUGAUAAUGGAAUUAAGUUUGAACAGCAAAAAAUACCACCAAAAGAAAAGCCUGGAACAUCUAGCCAAAGCAUGACGGAUAAUGGUACAAGUGGACCUGCAAAAAGCAGUAAGAAACAGAAGGAAAAGCCUGGUACAUCUAGCAAAAAGAUGAGUGAUAGUGAUACAAGUGGACCUGCGAAAAGCGGCAAACAGAAUGAAAAGCCUGGAACAUCUAGCCAAAGCAUGACUGAUAAUGGUACAAGUGGACCUACGAAAAGCAGUAAGAAACAGAAGGAAAAGGUUGAAGGUUCACGUAAAAGACAGUCUAAUGAAUUUGGAAAAGAUUCACCCAAUGGAAAAGUUGCACGAAUGGAAGAUGUGACCCAACCCAAAUCAAAAUCAGACACCAUGCUAAAGAACAAAAAAGAUAAAGAAUUGCCACAAGCAACAGUUUCUGAUAGUAAGAGAGUAGUGCAAGAUAUGACAGAUCAACUGCAGAAGGGAGAAGGUGAUAUAAGCUAUGAAAAAGGAGACAUGAACGGUGACUUGCACAGCAAAAAAUCAUUUGGACAAUUGAUAGACGUACAUGGACAUGUCGAAACUGUACUAGAUAUAAGGACCAAGUUGGAGGCUUCAAAGUCUGUAUGUAAAAUAGUCCAGGGUAAUUAUACGGCCACAGGGUUCCGUGUUGGAUCUAGAUAUAUCAUGACGGCUGCUCAUGUAACAAAGACAUUUCAGCAAGGACUGAAGUUCGAAAUACAAACUUAUGCAGUUUUCAACUACAUAAAAGAUGGUAUUUUGGAAGAGGAAAACAAAUUCUUUUUUAAAGAAGUGGUAUAUACAGAUCCAGAAUUGGACAUUUCUGUAAUAGAACUGAUAGAAAGCUCACACCCAUUUCCACCUCCUUUUACAGCAUUUGAUCAGCCUUCCCUAGAUAGUUGUUUCCAUUUGAUAGGUCAUUCUCAAGGAAGUGUUAUGUCAAUAAAUCCAGUGACAAAAAUCAUUAACAUUAACAAUCCAGGAGUAAGAGAUCAGCUAGAACAACUGCAAAAAUUAAGCUAUGAAUAUACAGGAAAAAGCUAUGACGAUCUGCCACAUAACACAUUGUAUAAUCCACAUCGGUUUUUAUUUCAAUGUAAGUUUACCCAAGGUGGAAGUGGGUCACCAGGGGUAGUUCUUAUUGAUGAAAAAGUGAUUGUAACAACAGUUUUGUUGUACGGCUACCCAGACUGGUGCUAUAAUCAAUCCAUGGAAAGUUAUAAAAUGAACUGGCCACUGGACUACUGUAUAGAACAAGGAGUAAAUAUGAUGUCUGUACGUAAGAAAAUGCUGCAAACAAAUCUAGCCUUGUGUAUCAAUAUAUUUGGGCAGACCGUACAGCAGUAAAGGAGAAUAUUACUCCUUACAUUAAAGCUGCAUUUAAUAAAUUACAUAAAAACAGAAGAAAUAUUGACAUUUCAUUAAAAAAUUGGGUUUCAUAUGGACUCAAGAUCUUAUUAUUUCCAGACAACCAAAAUGAGUUUUAUAAUCAUAAAAAUCUGCAAGCUCAUAGUGGCGAAAUCAGAAGUUCAAUUUCUGUUUACAUGAGAAACUCCACCUUCGGAUAAUCCUUACAUCAAUAUUAAAUCAACAGACAUGGCUACAAGUAGUAGUUCUAAUUUAACAGUAUAUUUCCGCAUUGUAAUGGACGUUUUCAUUCAAAUUUGAUCUUUUUUAUAAGAUAAUUACUUUUUUUCUGAACGCCACCAGGCGUAAUGCACCGUGAUACUAAAACGGUUAAAAUGUGUUUGCACAAGAAAAUCUCAUAUUUGUUGUGUUCCGAAUAGCAACUAUAACACUGUGACAUAGAGCAUACACAAGCUGAUUAUAGUCUUCAUUUGCAUGUUAAAAUUCAUAUACUAACUUUAGUGUUACCGUGGGUUUUUAUGUUAAGAACAAUAUUUGAUGAGAUUUACAACAAUACUAUUAAAAAGGUAAAUGAAACUGUAGAAUGCUUGGUUUUUAGGCUGACAGCAAAAUAAUAUGUUUGCAUAUUUAUUAAUUGCAGCUUUAAUGUAAUACUUUUAAGUAUAGGUUAAAGUUUAUUAGUACGUAUUUACAAAAUUAAAUUGGUCAGGUGUGGCAUGGCUGCACUACCAAUUAAAUUUUGUAAAUACGACUAAUAAAUUUUAACCUGCUUAGUGUUUUAAAUUAUUUUAUAAACAGUAUGUUAACAAGACGAAUUCACAGUUUGCCGAUUUACCAAAGUAAAAGUGUUAUGAUUAAUUUGAAAUUCUGCAAUCCUAUUGGACAAAAAAUAAUUUCAAACACUAAGAGUUAUAAAGCUAAAUGUUAUGCUGCAAAAAUCAUUGUUUGGAUUUUUAACAAAGAAUACUUCCAAAAUGCUUGUAUGAAGUAAAUUUGGUGGUAAAUUGACUUAAAGGGAAUAACACAUACAUCAAAAUAUUUAUCAUAUGUAGUGACAACCUUAAUAUUAAAUUUCUACACUUUGAAAAUUUACUAGUGUGGAGCCUGGACACAUUAAAAAGCUCAAGUAUAACAUCUUAAGAAUUGUAUUAGAUAUGAACCAUUAUGAAAUGCAUGAAUCUUUUAUUAAAGUAUUUCUUUGUUAAUUGCUUAAAGCUGUUACUUUAGACUUGAAAUAAAUGUGAAAUUUUACGUUUAGGAUAUAAGAAUAUUAACGAGAUGCUUAAAUGUUUACAUAAGUAUUGCAAUAACAGUAUUAAUGUUUAAAUGUGUUCAGAAGUAAAUCCAGUGAUAUGAAGUUUGAUCUCCCACUUCUCCAACCAAACUUAAAUAUUCUUUCGGAUAAGACCUUAAAAAAACGAUGUCAUAUUAUUUUUUUAUUGUCUAACAAAGAUUGAUUGCAUAAUUUAAAAGAAAUAACGUUUAUAUUUUGCUUUGUUAACAUUUUCAUAUGAUUUGUGUUUCUGCAAUUAUAAAUUAAGCAAUGAAAAUACCAUGCAUUUUGUUAACAUUUGACUAUGAUAUGAUUUUGGAAUGUGCCUUGCAUUUGAUAUACAUGUAUUUGAAUGAUUAUAUUUUGUAUAAUGAUGAAUUUUGUACAAGUCAGAAUAAAGUUUCUGUUCUGUUUUAGUGCCCCCACUAUAGGGGGAGGGGGGCAUUUAGAUUUACCCUUGUCUGUCCGUCCAUCCGUUCCCUUUUUGUGUCGCACAUUAUGACAUAGCUCAAAAAGUAAUUGACCUAGAGUCAUGAAACCUUACAGGAAUGUUGAUAGCAUGAGAAGUUGUGCACCUGGGUAUUUUCAUGUGGAUAUAUUUAGUAUUUUUAGAGUUAUUGCCCUUGACUUAGUAAAAUUUUCCAAUUUUCAACUUGUGUGGCAUGUCACUCAGAAAAUAUUUGACCUAGAGUCAUGAAACCUUACAGGAAUGUUGAUCAGCUUGUGUAGUUGUGCUCCUGGGUAUUUUUGUGUGGAUAUAUUUAGUAUUUUUAGAGUUAUUGCCCUUGAAUUAGUAAAAAUUUCCAAUUUUCAACUUGUGUCGCACAUAACUAAAAAGGUAUUUGACCUAGAGUCAUGAAAUCUUACAAGAAUGUUGCUCAGCAUGUGUAGUUGUGCACCUGGGUAUUUU